AUGAACCAUGUCUCCGACAAACAACAAAAUCAUGUGCCAGAGAGGCGGAGACCAGUUCAAAAUUCCCCACAUUUUCAACUUUCAGGCGUGCGGCCGUGUUUGGUUGGCAGCUUGGAACCGGGAACGAAGCUCCGGGGAAGGGAAGGAAGGUCGUCAAUGUCUCCGGCAUAAACCCUCAAAGCAGAGAAACCUCAGGAGUGUGGGGCAUGAGAUAGGAUAUCUCAUCUCAUGUCGUGUCAUGUAGGACGUAGCCUUUCUCUUACUUCCGUUUCUUUUCUUUCUUUAUGUGUAUAUUUAUCGGUGAAAGUCAUGGAGGCAUAGGGUAGGCUGCAUAGUGCAUACAUAGAGGAGGCAUAGGCUCUGAACGCCAACGCGCUUACACCCCAAGAGAUUGAUCUCCUUUAUAUUUAUUGAUAUUCAAUUCCUUCCCUGCCCUGCCCUGCCCUCCUCCUCCUCCUCCUCCUCCUCUUCCUCUGUGUAUUCUCUUCAUCCUCACCGAUGAAGAGCCGGCACAGCAGAAAAAUCUCUGUUAAAUGGGUCCCUAUUCUUUGCGCCUCCUUCUUCCUUGCUGGAAUGCUCUUCACAAACAGGACGUGGGUUCUGCCAGAUCCAGAAGGUCAGCUCAUAUCACAGCAUCGACAUGACCAGCAGUUGCAAAUCAUCUCCGAAGACUGUGCCACUAAGAAGAAGCCUGCACAAGAUAGGAAUGUAAUGGAGGAGGUUCACAAAACCCAUCAAGCAAUUCAAUCUUUGGACAAGUCUGUAUCAAUGCUUCAGAUGGAGUUGGCAGCUGCUCAGAGUUCCCAUGGACUGGAGGAGAGUUCUGAUGGGUCUACGGCCAUAUCGACCUCUGUUCAGGACAAGUCUCCGAGGCAGAAAGUGUUCAUGGUUAUUGGAAUUAAUACUGCUUUCAGUAGUAGGAGAAGGCGUGAUUCCAUUAGGGAAACUUGGAUGCCCCAAGGGGAGAAACUCCUUAAAUUAGAAAGAGAGAAGGGCAUUGUUAUUCGGUUCAUGAUUGGUCAUGGUGCGACUCCCAAAAGUAUUCUUGAUCGAGCUAUUGAUUCAGAAGAUGCUCAGCAUAACGACUUCCUUAGGCUGGACCAUGUUGAAGGGUACCAUGAACUGUCUGCAAAAACAAAAGUUUUCUUCUCCACUGCUGUUGCAAAAUGGGAUGCCGAGUUCUAUGUCAAGGUGGAUGAUGAUAUCCAUGUAAAUUUGGGUAUGCUGGCUGCUACUCUUUCUCGUCACCAAUCAAAGCCUAGAAUUUACAUUGGGUGCAUGAAAUCUGGACCUGUCCUUUCUCAAAAGAAUGUAAAGUACCAUGAGCCAGAGUACUGGAAAUUUGGAGAGGAAGGGAACAAAUACUUCCGUCAUGCAACUGGACAGAUAUAUGCUAUCUCAAAGGAUCUGGCUGCAUAUAUCUCAAUCAACCAGCCGAUAUUGCACAAGUAUGCCAAUGAGGAUGUGUCACUUGGUUCAUGGUUUAUUGGUCUCGAAGUUGAGCAUAUUGAUGAUCAUAGUAUGUGUUGUGGGACUCCACCAGAUUGCGAAUGGAAGGCUCAAGCGGGCAAUUUAUGUGUUGCUUCAUUUGAUUGGAGCUGCAGUGGAAUUUGCAAGUCUGUGGAGAAAAUUAAAUUUGUCCAUGAAAAAUGUAGUGAAGAGAGUGCUGCUGUAUGGGACGCUGUUUUUUAACUUGUGGGGGAUAGGAAAUUUUAUUUACAUGGCUACAACAAGCUGUUCUGAGUCAAAUGAUGAGAAAUCAAUUAUACACAUGGCUUCUCUUAUUGGGAAUAUCAAUAUUUGGGGUCGAAAAGCAAUAUUUAAUGCAUGAGUUCUAUGCAA